AUGACUGUUGGCUUGGAGAACUGUCAUACUGAGCUUGUCGAAAGCAUCGUCGGGCGCUUAGACGUCACAGACGUCGGCAGUCUCCGCCUGACGAGCCGGUGCCUCCGCUCGAAAGCGUCACAGGGUCAUUUCCGGUCCUACUUCCGGUCUAAGCGCGUGAAGGUCAGCAGUCCUCACCUUGAAGACUUCGAAGUCGUGACGCGGCGUGGUUCGCUGGGCUGCGAAAUUCGCGACUUGACGCUUGUGGGCGUCGUGCGCGACACCAAUAGACUAGAGGCCGCGGUGGAAACACGCCCAGAGGAUGCUGAGAGCAAGCGCCAUUUGCAAAUCUUGCAGGAGCGACAGCAGGAUUAUGAGCAGUCAAAGGACUCUGGGUUGAUUGUUCGCCGCUUGAGCGAUGCAUUUAAAAAUAUCGCGGCGAAUGGCGUAGCUGGGAAGCUGCAUUCCCUGUCUCUCGAAGUCGCUGAAUGUCGCAUCGAUGCCCAGCGUCAGUUCCCUCCCACUGGCGGGGAAGGCUGGCGACUCAUCUGGCAAAGCGCAGCGGAGACAUUCCGCAUCGUCUUCUCGGCGUUGCAGAAGAGCCGACUCCAGCUAGAUCAUCUGAACCUUUUCAACGGUUCUCAUCUAUACCAAUGCAGCAUUGCGAGCAACGAGCUCAGCAUCAUAGACUAUUCUGCCGAUCCACUGUCCCAGACUUUAGGGUCAGUCCGAUCAUUGUCUAUCAGCGUUUCCGAUCGGAUCCUUGACAUUACGCAGGCAUCGAGCGGCUGGGCAGACGAAAGUGACUGGUCCGGCUCGGAUGACGGGGAGGAGGAGGAGGAGGAACCAGACGUGGAAGCGCUUAUGACCGAUGCACGCGAAGAAAACAAUUUCACAGGUCUGGCGGGCUUGAUCCACGCCUGCCAGAAUCUCAAAAUCCUACAUAUACACCAGUACGGAGUCAAUCGCCGUCGCCUCGAUUCAAGGGUUGCCAUUCCGAGCGAGCUAAUUUUCCAGCGCGGCAUCGCGACAUUGAACACGUUGCCUCCCAUCGAAGAAUGUCUUCUCUGUGGUGUCUUUCUCCGUGAGAGCGAUAUGCUCGCCUUUCUGGAGAGGAGCUCCAAAACUCUCCGAGCACUUACCAUGAAGACUGUGACUAUGGUAAACGGGUCGUUUAGGCCCGUCUUUGAUUACAUUGCCAGCCGAAUCCCGAACCUGGAUCACUUGUAUUUGGAUGAGUUGAUGGUUGGGGAAGAGCUGGUACACUUCACGGGUGUGGGGCAGCCGAGGUUCCAUACUUGGGUUGGUGCACACGGAAGCAAUACAUUGAGAAGAGCGGGCAAUGAGGAAGCUCAACAGCCGGUUCCGUAUCAUCUGCCCACUGGCGCACCUCAGCCUGUCGGUUCUCCUGAGAUGAAAAAAUGGCUGCAAGAUCAGCGGCGAGAAUACGGUCCGCCAUAA